AUGAUGCAGCUUGGUCAUACCAAAGAAAUGGCCUCGGAGAUGAUAGUUGUCUCCCCUGCUGCCAAAGAGCCUUUGCAGAGUGCCAGAAGCAGGAGUAUUACGCCACAGUCAGAACGGAUAACUUCUAAACAGAUUGCAUUCGUUUCCGGACUGGGCUCAUUUCCAACAGUAUCUCCCAGUCGUGUCAGUUCUCACUUAUUCACACCAUCAAGGCAGCUGUUCCCCAGUGGAGAAGCAUUUAUAGAUGAGAGAUUGACACUAUGCCCUGGGCAUGCGCACCCUGAAAUUCCACCAUGGAGACAUCGAAUCUCAAAUAAGCCCUUCCCACGUCACAUCAUAUUCGAUUUUGAUCUCAGAACGGAUGCGGUCUUUGAAGAGAAGUCUUUCAUUUUUUAUGAUAUCAUUCCGUCUACCAUGAGCGUUAUGUUCGACGGAUGGUUUUUAAUCUUUCAUCUUGCAUCUCUUCCACCAAAACCCUGGCCAAAGAGAAUAGCAGGACUUUCCUGCUAUUUUACAACCACAGAGGGAGAUCUUGGUCCAAGUCCUCCGAUAAAUCGCCCAAACUUCACGCACAUUCGCUUGUUGCCAAAUUUGAACCUCUCGGAUGAUGAAUCCAAGGCUGAGGAACUAUUUCAGCUCACAAAAACACACUUCAUUAACAUUGGGGUAGCCAUAACUGAGAUUCAGUACUGGGGAAGGUUCAUUGUCAUUGUGAUUGAAUCUCGCCACACGGAUAUGUCUCAUCUACCCCAAUCUAUCGCCAGAUGCAACUGCUUCUAUUUGUAUGAUGAUGAAAUGGGCCGUCCUCUGAACCGCUCUGCCUUGCGCCAACUUGAUCCAGCACCGGGAUAUCCAGACAAUAGCAAAUAUGACACCUUGCGUCCUGGAGUUAUGCUCAGCUCGGGAAAACAUCCCACAGAGGGAUGGGAGCUAUUUACUUCUUCAGGAGUACAAGUCCAGGACCGAAAUGGAUAUCGGUACAUGACUUGUGCAGCACACAGGUUCCCAUAUGAUGGAAGAGUUUUUCAUCCAAACUCUAGCGGUCAAAAGAUUGGAACUCUAAUUACAGAGAUCACGCAUACAGAUAUUGCUUUAGUUCAACUCGAUAAACAGAUUGCCUUUACAAAUGAAGUAUUCCAGAACACAGUUACUCCAGGGCCCCCAAUCCAACUACAGCGUUUCAAUACCGAGGAAGUAAUUCGAGACAAACCAGGAGAUGAAAUUUACAUCAACAGCCCAUUUACUGGGUACAUUGAGGGGACGAGGGGGAUACUAUCCACGUGCCGUGUUCCAUCUGAUGAUCUACGUGAGCCUGAACAAUGGUGGAUUCAAACUCGGUGGGAUUACAUGGGCCAAGGUUCUAGCAACAGUCUAGCAGAUGGAAUAUGUGGUUCUGCAAUUUGGAAUAACGAAGGGAAUGUCUUGGGAUUUUUCAGAUAUGCACCAAAAUCUGGGCAUUUUCUUGACUGGUGCAUGUCGAUAUCCAGCCACGAGUUGGUGAAAAGAGGUUUCUCCAUUGUUAAUGAUGCACACAGUUCUGUUUAA